GAUCGUAAUCGACGCUGAGUUAGCGCGUCGUACGCGCUGCAAUUGUGCAGCGAGACAAGCGGAGGCAUCUCUCUACUACUAAAGGAAUCGCAAGGGCAAACGCCAUCGACGCGUGCUGCAGUGGUUGCGUAAAACAGCAGCUGUGCUGGUAGCAAGCGCAGCAAGCGAGCAACAUGAUGCGCGCAUCUCUUCGCCGCAUCAGCACAACGCGCCCGCAAGCGCGCCCGAGCAGCGCCUGGGCGCGGCCACAAAGGCCACACACGGCCAUGGCCGCGGGCGCCGCCGGCUUCGUGGCGGGCGCGCUAGGCGCGCACCAGCUCGCGCGGAGCGACGCCGUCGUGUCCUUCGACGACAUGGACCGGCACACGAAGGCCGAGAAAAGCAAAAAACUGAAAACGAAGCAGGAGCACCCGACGCACUCCGCGUUGGAUGGCGGGCGCGUGACCGUCGAGGUCGACGAAGAAGACCUGGACUUGAUGACUCUAGACGAAGUAGAGGCAUCUAGAGCGACAUUGGCCCAUGACGGCGGCGAUGGGCAACUCUUGUGCACGUACGACGGUAUUGUGUAUGACGUCACUUCCUUUGCGGAUGCCCACCCCGGUGGAAGGGAACUACUCUUGACGGCGUCGGGCAUGGACCUGAAGCACUUUUUCGAGAAUUACACGGUACAUGGUCAUAGUGAUAAGGCGGCCAAUUGGUUGUCGCCGCUGGCCGUCGGGAAGUUGACUCCUGAGGAUGCGCUCGAGGCCCAGAGAAGAUCCACUCCCGAAAAUCAUGUCAGGAGGAGACUCGCUCGAUUACGAGCAAGUCGUAGGAGACUGUUAGCUAUCGCUUGCUCGCUACCAGCGGCUAUCGCCGUGCGCAAGUUCAUCUCGUUUGUCGGGAAUUAUGUCUCGUCGAGUGUCGCGAAGUGGCUCGCGCGACGUAUACCCUUUUUAACCGUACCUGGUUAUUCAAAAGGCGCGGAGCCCCUACCGCAAGGGACGAAGCGGGGCACCGUCGCCGUCGUCGGUGGAGGCAUCGCGGGCUGCGGCGCGGCGUGGAUGCUCGCGCGCGACGGCUUCGACGUAGUGUUGUACGAGGCGCGGCCCGCGACGUCGGGCAACGCUCGCACGUUCGACUGGGUCGACGACGUGCGAUCCCGGCGUCCCGUUCUACGCCAUCGACGCGACUCGAGAGACUGGGAUGCUCCGCGCAGGUCUGGCGGAAGACGUCUACCACAAACGUCGACGAGGAGGGCCGCGUCAAGUCCUGCGUGUCCGUCACGGCUUGGCCGUCGCUGCUCUACAAGAACUACACGGCGCUCCUCAAACACUUGAACGUCGAAACUUGUGCCAUGCCCCUCUCGUGGUUUUUGAAUUCCAAGGUGCCGGGCUACGAGGGGACCCUGUGGGGCGCCGACCCGAACUCUGACAAUGAAUUCAACACGCUGCGAGAUGUGUUUCGGGACGACUUCCGAGCUUAUGAAAGAGCAGAAUACUUCGCAAGAAGAUGUACUGAUUUUUUCUGCCUGGCCUGGGCGCCGUGGAAGCGAGGCGAUUCGAGGAGCAUGUACACGAACCACACGGGGUUGGGGCUGUUGAACCCCCUGAACGUCGUUCCUCUCUACACAGUUUUUAGGGCCUUUGGCGGGACGGACGCGUGGUGGGACAUCGUCUUUACGCCCUACUAUACGGCUUCUUUCCUAGUGGACGAGUUGCGGCCGUUUCCGGCGGUCUUUGGACCUAUUAUUGAAGCCCAAAUUCCAUUAAAUCCGACGCCGGAGAAUUCCUGGCAUGGCGCGUCUGAUAGGGCGGAGCGGGAUUGCGUCCUUACGACGUGUGUGACCUGGAAGGACGCCGGCGCGGGCAUCCGAGGCGUGUUUGCGAAAUUAGUGGAAGGUGUGGACGUCCGAGUGGACACGCGCGUGUUGCAGGUGCAAUUACUUGAAGAUGGAAGACAUAAGGUAGUGGACGAGCACGACGACGCUAUAAUUGCUGAUAGAGUGAUCUUCGCCUGUCCCUCGGCUGCGGCAGCCACCAUGAUCAAGAAGCCCCGCACUUAUUUGGAGAACGCGAUUCUCUCGACGGUCGUCUACGCGGACGACCACCACCCGGCCACGGGCCACAUGCACGCCGUCAUGCACUCCGAUUCGUCGGUUGUGGACGAGAAAUAUAGAGCAGAGUUUCUGAGGCGAGGUAGCAAUUACGUCGAAGUCACUCAGUUACAAGACAAGUCUAUUAAUAUAGAGAACCAGUACAACUUCGGGGUCCAGACGCCGGGGCCCGGUGUUGCUGGACUCGAGUUGGACGAGAAGCCGGUCAUGCUCAUCUCGCAUGCGUUGGGCGAGGGGAAAAAAAUUGACUCGGCGCUCGUGCGCGGCGGCGGGAACCACUCGAGGGCGCAUCCCCUGUAUUCGGGGUGGAACGUCAUGGCCCAAUUAUCGUUGCGGUUGUGCCAGGGGCGGGACGGCUUGUACUACUGCUCGAACUGGACGACGCCGGGGAACUGCCACGACAUGUCUCUCCUAUCAGGUUUCCUUUGCGCGCAUGCGAUCGGUGCCGAAUAUCCUUUUCCGGACGAAAGGGAAGCUCAAAAGGACUUCCACCGGCUGAACGACCUGAUGGGGGUGUUCGACUAACUACUGGUCCGUCGU